AUGGUGACAGAGGAAGCUUGCGACAAGUUAUGGGCAUCUCCAAAAAUCGAUCGAGAGUCCUCGGCAUACGCAUAUAGCGGUAGACGUCCUGAAUGGCGGACCAAGGUCUCAGAGCCGAUAGUCGCACCAGCAGACAGUACGAGAGCAACAGAGUCAAACACAGGAGCGCUCCAUCCUGUAGCCAUGCUGAUGGCCAUGACAGGACCAUCAACAUCGAAAGCUGCAAAUGUAGCCAAGAACAGCACACCAGUCACCCAAUCGAGGCCUGCAACCACAUCUGUCCCAGACCUUCCUCCAGCCUACGAGGAUGGAUACACCCUCUACCCAUGGAGGCUGAGAUCCAAGAACGUAUACAAGCGUAGACUCUGGUAUGGAGACAGAAAGAUCAGAUGGGACUAUGGCGUCAGCGACGACAACGGACGCAAGCCAGACACUUUCUUCGUAUGCAAGAUGCAGGCGAUGACGAUGACGUUUCACUGGAGGAUGAAUUCCAUAUGCCUAGAGAUAGUGAAAAGUCUCGAGUCUCACAGGAAGGAAGACGACCGCAACUGCCACUGCGAUCUUGAGUACAUCAAGACUGGCAAGACUUGUCGUGAUACAUCAAUGUUGUGUCUUUGGGUGCAGGGCAAGACAGCGAAGUGGGUGUGGGAUGCAAUGAAGGAGCAUGACAAAGAGUAUCGCUGUGGCGCUUUCGACUUUUCGAAUAGCAGAGCCAGAUGA